UCCGGCUCCUGACAGCCGCCCUGAAAGGACUCCAGCCCGGACCGCUCCCGGACAGCGCGCGCGCCGCUCUGGACCCGAACCAGCGGGGAGGUUCGGGGAGUGGAGCCGCCAUGAGUCACCUGAACAGCGGACUUCUGCUAGCCUACAACAGCCUGACGGACAAACACCUCAGCGGAUACUUCAGCAACACCCGGAUCAGGAGACACCUGCUGAGAGCCGGGCUGAUCACCAGGAGCGGCCGCAUCGUUCCAGACAAAGAGUACCGACACCGGCUGCUGCAGAGAGCCCACCAGAAGCAUGUCCGGGAAUGCCUGGCCCAAGCCAUUUUCCACAAGGUGCUGGAGAUGGAGCGUCUCCACCGGACGGAGAUCAAAAAGAAACUGGAGGAGUUUGCAAGGAGGGAGCGAGUGCAGAAGAUCAAGGUGCAGCGCUCCAAAAGGUGUGAAGAAGAGGUGAUCGGCGUCCUGUCUCCCCACCCGCCCACAGGGGCCCGGGGCCCCCGCAGAAACGACUCAGGACCUGAGGGGGAGCGCUCAGAGUCCUCUUUGUCUCCGAGUUCUUCUCGACCGAACACGGCUCCAGGGAAGAUGCAGAGGCCGGUGCGGCUGAAGCCCAUCCACAGCAGCAGCACCACCGCUUCAGUCAGACGCAGCUCUCCGUACAAACUGCACCAGACUCACGCCAGCAGCCAGCCGCUCAGUCGCACCAUAAACGAGUCCUGCAGAACUCCGGCCACGAAGGAGCCGUCCUGCGGCCUCUCCCCCUCCUACCUCCCAGUCAUCAACAACUACGUCACUCCGAUCCCUCCGGUCACCAAGAGGAAAGACAGAAGCUCCCAGAUCUCCCCGAGCGUCAGAGGUCGCAGACUCCGCAACGCCGCCGCCUCCAGUGGAGCAGAGGACCUCCCGUGGCUGAGGAGCUCCGUCCAUCAGAGCCGAGUGGGCGUGAACAUGGUCUACUUUGGGAAAACGGUGCAUCUCUCCCCCGACCUGCUGGACCUCCGGGAUGAGGUGAAAGUGUUUCAGCAGCACUGUGGAGGAGAGAACCUGUGCGUGUUCAAGGGAACGCUGCGUGAGGGAGAAAGCUUCCAGUUCCUUUCCAGACGACACCGAGGCUUUCCCUUCAGCCUGACCUUCUUCCUGAACGGGCUGCUGGUGGAGCGGCUGAGCGCCUGCUGCGAGUUCAAGUACAGGAAAGGCUCCCGCCUCGGCGGGAAACACGGACACUUUGGCUUUUUGGGCGUGGAGGGGGCGUCUCCGUGUUACAAGUGCAUCAUCGCGUUGGGGCUGGACAAAAAGCCCACCCCCCCUCCUAAAAGGCUCAAAGAAGAAAAGGGUCCAGAAGAACUCGCCAUGAGCCCAAAGGGGUCAACAGAGGAGCAGGUGGAAGGGGACGGGGGCGGCGCCGCCUCUCGCUCAGACCACGGAACCAACCGAGCAGAAAACAUGGAGAAUCCAGACCCAACAUCCCUGGAAGACGACAAAACCAGAGACGAUUAUGAAGACGACUUUGAAGCAGACGAUGAAGCUGCUGCUGAGGAGACCAAGGAAGACGCCUCGCCUCCACCAUCCGCCCAAACUCAGGGGAAAGAGAAGGAAGCCUCAGAGACUGAAGAGGGGAAGGAUGAAGACUCCAGAUCCGACUCCAGCUUCUUGGACAGCGAUCGGGAGGACAGCGAUGUGGAAGACACGAAAGAUUUCAAAGAGGAGGAGAAGCGACCCAAAGAGAAAGAUGUCACUCCAGGAGAGGAGGAGGAGGAGAACCAACCCAAAGAGGAGGAGGAGGAGAAAGCUGCCAGUCCAGUAGAGGAGGAGAAGGAGGAGGAGCAGGAGCAGGCCCCAGAAGACUCUGCUGCUGUGAAGGAGGGCAACAGCGCCGCCGACAGCACAGACAUCUCCGAACCCAACGUCCCUUCAGGAGACGAGAGGAAGCCGAGCGAGGAGACGAUGGAGGAGAGCCACGGCGAGGAGGAGCAGGACAGAGCCAAAUCGGUGCAGGAGAAGCUGGCUGAAGCCAUCCUGAAGCAGUCCCAGUGCAGCUCUGAGCCUGAACUGAGCGACAGCAGCACUGAGGAGGAGGAGGAGCACCGGGACGAAGGCUCAGAGCAGCCCAGCAAAGAGGAGAAUCCAGAAAACAUAGAAGAGAUGGUCACAGAAGAAACCGACCGUGAUGAAGGAGGACCGGCUGAAGUUUCAGAGGAGCACAAAGAGAUUCCUGAGAUAGAAGAAGAGGAGGAAGAACCUCAUGACGAAACCAAAGAGGAGAAGAUAUGUGAGGAUGAGGAGGGUCCAGAAGCUGAAGCAGAGGAGGAAAGUGAAGCUCCGCCUCCUGCAGCACCAGAUGACCAGACCACAGAUUCGGCCGAAGAAGAUGCUGAUGUAGCACAGAAUGAUGAAGAAAAGGAGGAAGCUGCUGUGGAGACGGAGCAAAGGCCGAAAAGCGCCGAAGAGGAUGAGUCAUCAGCAGAACAGCCGGAUGAGGCAGCUGUGCUCGAUGAUGCGGAGGCGGCAGACGCCACAAUGGAGAUGAAAGCAGAGCCCUCAGCGGAGCAAGAGGCCCUCAGCUGUGAAGAGGCGCCUGAAGCUGUCACCGAGGGGGGGGCGGACGGCGAGGAGGGAGCUGAAGUCACAGCCGACGGCUCCAGCAACCAACCACAGGAGGACGGAGACGCCGCAGCUCCGGUUACUGUGGAGGACGGCGAGGAAGGCGGUGGCAGCGGAGGACACGCCUCAGGGGCCGAGGCGGACCACAGUCAACGGGAAAACGACGAGGAGAUGGAGAAAACUGAGGAGCUGAAACCUGAACAGGAAAAACAACCAGAUUCUGAGGAGGUUGUAGAAGAUGAAAACACAGAAGAAAGAGAGAAAAGUGAUAGAAAAGAAAUGAGUAAUGAUGAAAGUACGGUGGACCAAACCACAGAAAACACAGCAGAAGAUUCUGGAAACGCUGAGGCAGGAGUUGAUGUGGAAGAUGAGAAAACUCAGGAGGAGGAAGCUGAAUCUGAAGAAACGAUAGAAGAACCUGAAAAGACGAGAACUAACGAGGAGAGUGAUGAAGAGAAGAAGAAUCUAACCGGAGAAACUGAAGACAAAGGAAGCUCAGCAAAUCUGGCUGCAGCUAAAGAUGAUGGAGCUGAAAACACAGAGAAGGAUGGAGGAGAGGACACACUUAAAGAGACUGAAGAAUGUGAGGAGGAACGAGAUGAAGCUGAAAGAAGAGAAGAAACAUCUGAGGUUAUCGAGGAACCUGAGCUUGAAGAGAACAAACCCGACGAAGAGCUUGUUCAAAAGUCUUCUGAGAUAGAUGCUGGUUCAGAGGAGGUCCCUGCAGAAGAGGAGGAAACUGUGAGGAAAACUGAGGCUGAAAAUGUUCAAAAAGGAGAAAUCGAUGCUGAAAAUCAUCAAAAAGAAGAUGAAAAGGGAAAGAUUGAUGCUGAAAAUGUUCAAAAAGAAGCUGAAAAGGGAGAGAUUGAUACUGAAAAUGUUCAAAAAGAAGAUGAAAAGGAAGAGACUGAUGCUGAACAUGUUCAAAAAGGAGAGAUUGAUGCUGAAAAUGUUCAACAAAGAGAAAUUGGUGCUGAAAAUACACAAAAAGAAGAGGAAAAGGAAGAAACUGAUCCAGAAAAUGUUCACAAAGGAGCUGAAGAAGGAGAGAUUGGUGCUGAAAAUGUUCAAAAUGGAGGAAUUGAUGUUAAAAAUCUUCAUAAAGAAGAUGAAAAAGAAGAGACUGAUACUGAAAAUGUUCAAAAAGAAGAUGAAAAAGAAGAGACUGAUGCUGAAAAUGUUACUAAAGAAGAUAUUGAUGCUGAAAAUGAUCAUAUAGAAGAUGAAAAGGAAGAGAUUGAUACUGUAAAUGCUGAAAAAGUAGAUAAAACAGAAGAGAUUGAUGCUGAAAAUGUUUAUAAAGGAGCUGAAAAGGAAGAGAUUGACGCUGAAAAUGGGGAGAUUUCUCUUGGAGAUGAAAUCAAAUCUCCUGAAGCCAAAGAAAACAUUUUGACGUCACAUGAAAAGGACAUGAAAAGUGAAAGUCCAGAAGAAGAAGAAGAAGGAAAAACAGAGGAGCCAACUGAAGGUGGAGAUCCUGAAAAAAAGAAGGAUGUUGUGGUUCAGGAAACAUGCACUGUUGUCAUAGAAACCAGUGAAAAUGAAGGUGACGACAGCUUGAUAAUUCAUGAUGAGUUUACCAAAAGGAGUUCAGAGGCUUCAGGCGGAGAUCCAGAAGAACAUCUGGAUGAAAGCAAAGCUUGUGAGGAAGCAGAACAAAUCAAAGAAGGUGAUCAGCCUGAUGCUGAUCAGGAAAGCACAAAGUCAGAUCUGAUAGAAAACAAUGACGACAAAAACUUCACUGAAACUGAUUAUGGAAACGGAGAAAACCCGCAGGUUCUUGACGACGAUGCUCCUGCUGAUGGAGCGGACACGGAGGAGGUCAGUAAAGCCUCGGAGGAAGGAGCGAGUGUGCUGCUCAAACCUCAGACUCACCACGGCGAGGCGGGCGAGGCGGCGCCGAGAGGAGCGGCAGAAGCUCCACAGGUCUUCGCUCGAGAAGACAACACAGACCUGGUCACCAGCUGGAUCAACACCCAUCAGACGUCACAGUUUUUCCAGAAGUUUGUCGAGCCUCUGGAGGAUUUGACAGAUGCUGUGGAGAGAGAGAAACCAGCAUCUCCAGAUCUGCUGAGGUCUCAGAGUCCUCUGAAGACGGAGGGAAGGUCUGAGGAGGAAGAACGCCAGCAGGUGUUCAGAGAUGAACAUCAGCUUUUGGAAAAUGACUCGGACGAAACCGCACGGCAAGUCGAGGAGAAGACCGAAGCAAAAAGCUCAACACCGCAAACGGAACAAGACGACACCCAGGAGAUCAAACCAGAGGAAUCUCCUGCUGAAGAGGAGGCCGGACCUGCAGGAGGACAGAACCAGGAGCCGAGAAGCACCUCAGGUUCUCAUCGCUCUGUCAGCGGCAAAUCUGAGAAGCUGUCUCCAGAGAAGGCUGCAGGUCCGGACUCCAGCGCUGGACGAGCAACACCUGAAGCUCCUUCAGAGGGAGGAGCCAAUCCCAGAACAGAGGAAUCAUGGGAACACGCCUACAGUCGACAGGUGACCCAAAUCACAGAUUUCACAGCUUCUGAGUGUGCUGAUGGGAGCAGAGAGGAGUCUCAGGGCGAGGACGUCCAAGGAAAAGAGAGUCUUCUGAUCAACCAGCACAGUCUGCAUGCAGAGAAGCUGAGCUCCUUCUCUGUGGACGAAACGCUGUUCAGUCACACCUCCUACCCUCUGCUGACCACGGAGCUGUGAUGACCUCUGACCCCGGCCUGCUUCCUGCUAAGUGUGGCCACCUCUCCCGACAUUUGUAAAUAAUUUGUAGAUUUCUGCUACAGAUUUAAAGACACGCCCCUCUGUCUGACUCCUCCUCCCUAACGUUAAAAGACUUUUGGAUCAGUGGGACCUCACCAAUCAACACUUCUGUGACAUCCAUCUCAGAUCGUCGUUCAUCUCCUCCUUCCAUCAACAGCUUCCUGUUUCCACCGCUUUCAUCCUGACGGUGUCUUCACUUCAUUCCACCUGAAACUGUUGCUCCACUUUAGAAAAGAUCCCCUAAACCAGAAGCCAAUCCCUUCUUACCAGCAACACUCACAUGAUCUAUCAGUGCUGCCGGCCAGCAAAGCCAGGUGGACCUCGUCUGGUUUAUAGUGGGUAGACAACGUGGCCCCGAACGGGUUUGUUCACACCAGCUUAGUGGGCACUAGUGGGUUGGGCUGCUACACUAGCCAGCCUGUGGACGGCAUGCUAGCGGCCUGCUAGCGAGCUCCACUGUAUUGAACUUCGCUGUCCCCCAGGUGGGUGGCUAUGUACACCGCGCAUGUGAUACGCAUUCAACGCACUAAACAGACAUUCUUGCAUACAAGAUGUCUUAGUGUAAAUCUGGUAAAUCUUUUUCUCUCGCAGCUCUAUUCCGAGAUAUGAAAGACGAUGUUGUAUAAAUCCAGCCACGCAAAACCGCAAUUAGUAAUUUCUCCUUCAUGAUCAAUUUUUAAACGGUUGGCAUUUCUGUGUAGAAGAACGCUAACCUAAUGUCUACUAAAUCUGAGUCCCUGAUUGGUCGAAGUCUAACUGGUUUGACCUUUAACGAGUGGCCUCUGAAAGUAUGUUUAGCGUGUUAAAAACGUGCGUGGCAGCACUUGAAUGAGAGAGUCGUGAAUGCAGAACCCUGAAAUCCGCAUUUACUCGUUUUACAUGGACUUUACUGGACGUGGUCACUUGAAGACACAUUCUCAAACCCGAUGUGAAUGUAGCUUCACGCCUGGUUCACACCGGACGCGAAAAGGCGGGGAGCGGAGGCCGCUUCCAUUCAGCGCCCUUGUUAACCCCCGGUGUAGGUCACACCAGGGACGGAGCGCCGCGGUUCUCCGCGUAGAGCCGCGAGCGAUCCGCAACAUUCUGGCAGGAAGUCACAUCAAGAAACAUGAGAAAAUCCGGUUUAUUUUCAAAAUAAAACCAAUUUUUCACAAUAAAACACUGCCAUUGACAAAUGCGAUCAUGUUUUUGUUUUUAAACAGACUGUAGAGAUGAAAACAAACACAAUCACAACACACACACACACACUCUCUGUGUGCCUCAACAACAGAUAAAUGAAAGAAGUGUCGGCCUACUCGUUUAGCAUGGGGUCAUAUUUUUAGGUUAUUAACUUACCCGUGAUGGCAAAAACACAAAAAGCUCUAGCAGAAGCGUCUGUCGCAGAAAAACCUGGCGUUAGACCAUUGGAACUUGCGUGGCUGAUGCUGUCGUACGGCGCCCUUACGCCACACUCGUCGUUGGUACAGUGAGUACUGACUCCUUACUGACCACGCACAAAUGCUGCACGCACGGGGUGUGCACGUGGUACGCGAGUGCCUGUAGGACGUCCACACAAACUACACUCCCUCUCAUUUCUAACAGGCUGCAGCACGGAGCGUGCACGUAUCACAUGCACAGCACUAAUAGGCUCCUUGUACAGUUUGUAGGAUUUGGGGGCGGAGUUAAAGAAAAUCUGUCAGACACGCCUGCGUCUCACCCAGUCCCCCCUUACGUGUUGUAGAAGUGUUCACUACGACCUGUCGCCCGCAGCACGCCCAUAGAUAAAAACUUUUUUCCUCUAUGGUUCACUGAGCGUCCAUGACUGAUACUUCCUGCAGGUCACCUGCCGUACAGGUUUGACCAUUUCUUACCUGCAGACGCCCGUAUUCACCUGUGAGGCCAGUUGAGACUCAGAAAUAAUGUUUUUUUGUGGAUUCAUGUUCUUCCAGAGCUGCACAUAUCAGACCUUUUAGAAUGACUUUAAUACUCAUCAGCAAAUCAUUUAUUUUGAUUCAUUCUGUUUUUUAUUUGCGUUUCCUGUAUUUAUCACUCUUUAUGUUGUUUUUAACUGUUCUUCUUAUAUUUGUCUUCACUUUAUUGUGUAAACACCUUGGUUUCCUGCUGGUGUUGUAAAUGCUUUAGACUGCUGGGCUCAGAGGGACAUUCAGGGAACGCCGUGCGUUUUCAUCCAUGGAAUUCACCCCAAACUUCAGAAAACGUCCUUUAAUAAAAGACGACUUGGGUAAAAUGUUUACAACAGACCACGUCCUGCUGUCAGUACCUCCAUGGAGGUAUCAGGUCCUGCUGCUGUCACUUCGACCUGGAACCAGACCCCGCUCACGCUUACAGGUGACUGAAUAAUUCAUGGCUGGCGGACUCCCACGUCUUUAGUCCGCCUCUAGUACACUUUACAUUUACACCCAAUGGAUCCGAGCACCCGAGCUUUCUCCUGAUGUCCGUAACCGAAGCUCCUCUGGACCGUGUCAGUCAGCGCUCUGACCGAGUUACUGGGAGGGGGCGGAGCCUGAAGAGGGUUGUUUCACGGUAACACUACCUCAGCUCAAGCGUUGAUGAAUUAUGUAUUUUUAUCAUUGAUUUAUCUGAUGUUUGGAGUUAGUUGAGCUUCCGUAUUUUUAUUUAUUGACAGUUUGUGUGAUUUGACCUAAAAAAAUAAAAUAAUUAGAGAGUGA